AUGCUCUCGCUACCCAUUGUAUCGGUCCAUGUAAAUGCCCCACUCACCACAAUACUUGCUAUGGUUCUUCAGGUUUCUGAGGACGCCGUUGCAGCUAAGGCAUGGGCACUUGGCAUUGGUGAAGUAUUCAUGUAUGUCCACGAGCAAACGGCACAACAAUUUGACAUGCUUGUUAUCUGCCCCCGUGAACUGAGCCUGGCCGAUUCCGAAGACGCUAUGCUUUUCGAUCUUCUUGGCUACACCUUCUACAUAUCCUCAUCGAGCUUCUCUGCUUCAAGCUUUUUGUUCGGACGAUGGAGGGCAUACAGAGUAUCAGUAUUGAUGCGUUACGAUCCUCCUGAUGGAUUAUCUUUGCCAACCGUGGGCUGUGCGAUAGCAGGAGAUCUACUCGAUGAAGACGGCUUUUUAGAGAUGAUUGGCUAUGACUGGAGUGGAGAGCGAAACCUUGAUCUGGAGACGUCAUACUACGUUCUGGGUGAAGGUAGACUUGUUUCUACCAAAGCGUAG